AUCUUUUUUUCUUUUAUCAGACAUGUUAUUAUUUGUCACUAAAAAUAUACUUGGCACAGUCGAUUGAAAAUCAAAAGCGAAUCUUUUUAAAAGUUUUAUCUGUACAUUUGUUCAACACGAACGGCCUGUUCGUCCGAUCUGGGUUUACUCGGAGCAGACUCAAGCAAACCUGGCCAAUCACCGUCUUGCUUUCUGUCUUAAUACUAAAUUAGUAUUUGCUUUGGUGCUUAUAGCGCUUGAAGCAUUAUUUCAACCUUGUUGUUUAUUAAAUAUUAAACAAAAACAAAUGAUACUCUUACGAGCGCUGCGAGUGCCAAAGCGAACGCAGCCAUACACUCGCAUGCAUAUAUAUAUAUACAUAUAUAUAUAUGUAUAUAAUGCAUGCGCAGAGGAGAACGUAUCAUACGUAUGGAUAGACGUAGCCGGUCUUUGUUUCACGCGUGUUAUCUCGGCAUCCCUAAUUUUGUUGAUUCUGUUAUUAGUGCCACAGAUUUUUACUGUGCACAUCAUGUUUAUUAUUAAUUGUAAGAACGAUGGUUCUUAUUGCCUAGUGAAUGAUAACGCGGUGAUUUGUGAUUACGAAAGUGUAAAGAAAGGAGAUGCAGUCACAUUUUUUUACAAUCAAAAAUCAUACCAGGGAGUUGUUAUUAUGCGAUCUGAUAACGUAUCAUCCAUAGAAGAAGAAUUUCAGAAGUUAAAUAAACGUCAAAAACUGAGAAAAACUAAUCGAAAACGAGAGGCAUCAAAUAGUCCAGAUGAUAAUUGUGAUAGUGACGUACAGCAAAGUGAUGAACCUGCACUGAGCCAAAAAAAGAAAAAUUCUUCAAAGGACGAUCAAAUCAAAAAGUCUGGUACAAAAAGAAAUGUAAAGGGGAAAAAGAUAGAUGUAAAAAAAAAUAGUAUAGCACAUCAGAGGCAAGUGCAGACAACUUUUAAUCAUAAAUAUAAGGCUCAAAACGAUGUACAUGCACAGCUAUCGUUGUCGUCUGAUACGAGCACUGAUGAAGAAAAUACCGAAACAAGAAAGACCCAGUACUCAGCUACAAAGAAAGCUGACAUUAGGGCUUUAAAUACAUUGAAUGUCACAAAAAAAAGGGAAGGCAGUCCUACCAAAGAAGAACUCAAACGACUACUGCAAAUAGCAUUGGACAAGUCAUCAAAAUCGUUAGAGGAUGAUAUUGAUACUUCUGGUGACGACACAAAUUCGUCGAUACAAUUACAGCAUGACAUUGCUACAAAAUCUAACAACAACGAUAAUAGUACUAGCGACAACAAUAAGGAUGAGGCUGACAAAGAAAAUGAUAUGUUUGUAUUGCCGGAUGAUAGUACCGAUCAAUUAUUUGGAAAAAAUUGCCCAGACGAUAAGAUGAUGCUGUUAAUGAGUGAGACUGCCAAAAACGCGUCCUUAUGUCAGCGAUAGCAUCGUCACUUAAACCAUCUCAUCUAGCUCGUCGACUACUUUCUGGCGUUUUUAAGCCUGAAGCUCUUUUGCGGUGUACGAUAACAGGUCAAUCUGUUCGAUCGCUAGGAAAGACUCGAUAUGAAGAAAAAUUCGACUGCCUUGAUCCUAUCGCACGAGAUGCUAUUAUUGGUAAGCAUUAUAAUUUGCAACAGCAAAGAAUUAAUAACAAUUUUCAAAAAUUGAUUUACUCUUUCAGAUUAUUCUAUAAAACAUGGAGUUGCAAAACAGUGGCCGA